AGAAUAGCGUGCGAUGUGCGUCAGGGUCAGCUGUAAUAGGUUUCCUUUGGCAGCGAAUCGGCAUGGCAAAAUAAUAAUAGGAAACCGUUGGUUCAUUCAAACCGCUUAUAUUGAUCUAUCAUACUGUUGAAACGCCGGAACUAGAUAAGAAGUAUAUUUGAAACGUUUCGUCGGGAUUUUUAUUACAACUUGAUUUUACCCCGUGACGCAAAAAUGUGCAAUAGGUUCCCAAUUUUAAGUGAUUCGGUGUUGGUGUGAUUUGGUCUGUUUUAAGGAUUCCAUUUUUUUGGAAUAAUUUUUAUUCUGAUCUUAUUUUUAUUGUUAGAAUUUCGUAAGACCAGAAGCUGUUGUUGGUACUUUGUUAUGGACGCUGGUCUCAAGAAAAGCAGAAAACCCAACCCUCGUGAAAAUGCAUUUCCCCUGUCGGCUGCAACAUUUUGGUACACCAUCCCCACUUUCAUUCAGGGAUUCAAGCGUGACUUAGAAGAAGCGGACCUUACUGAAACUCUAACAGAACACAAAUCCAGUAUUUUAGGAAACAAAAUGGAAAUGUACUGGAAAGCUGAAGAGGAACGCGCUGCCAAAAAGAAAAAGAAACCUUCUUUGCAAAGGGUGUUAAUAAAAGUAUUUGGAUUAGAGUUUUUAUUUUAUGGAAUCGUCCUAGCCUUAAGUGAACUAAUCAGAUUAUUCCAGCCUAUAUUUUUGGGAAAUUUAGUGAGAUAUUUUGAUAUGAAAAGAAGCGCAAGUACCCAGGAAGGGUCCUUCGGUGCUUUAAAACAUAAUGGUUCUACUGUUGAAGCUUUUGUUCAAAAAGAAACAAUAGCCCAGCCGAUCUUACUGGGACAACUAAUAAAAUUUUAUUCUCCAGGACAAACAGACAUCUCCGAAGAAAGUGCCUACUAUUUUGCCGGUGGGGUAGUAAUAUGUUCCCUAGUGAACAUUUUGAUGAGCCAUCCUUACAUGUUGGGUGUAGUCCACUUGGGAAUGAAGCUAAGAGUAGGCUGUUGUUCUUUGAUUUACAGAAAAGCUUUGAAGCUGAGCAAAACGGCUUUGGGAGAAACCACUGCUGGCCAGGUGGUCAAUUUGUUAUCGAACGACGUUAACAGGUUCGACGUUUCCGUGCUUUUCUCCCACCAGUUGUGGGUGGGGCCAAUUGAAACUAUUAUUUGUACUUAUUUUAUGUACUUGCAAGUAGGAUUUGCUGCUACUAUUGGAGUACUGGUUCUUAUUAUGUUCAUCCCACUGCAAAUUUACUUAGGAAAACGUAUUUCAAAAUUACGUAUGAGAACAGCCAUGAGAACGGAUGAAAGAGUGCGUUUGAUGAAUGAGAUAAUAUCAGGCAUACAAGUCAUAAAAAUGUAUGCCUGGGAAAAACCUUUCAACCAUUUAGUAUAUCUAUCAAGAAGGAACGAAAUCAAGUCCAUAAGAAUCACCUCUUUCAUGCGAGGUAUUCUGUUGUCUUUCAUAAUGUACAGUACAAGAAUGUCAAUAUUCGUCAGUAUUCUCGCUUACGUUUUAUCGGGCUAUGAAAUAACGGCCGAAAAAGUAUUUGUACUUACCUCAUUUUACAAUAUUUUGAGGCAAACCAUGACUGUAUUUUUCCCUCAAGGAAUAUCACAGGUAGCGGAAGCUAAGGUUUCUAUUAAAAGACUGAACGACUUCAUGUUGUAUGAUGAAACCCAAAUCGCAAAGGCAAUCAGAAGGGCCGAAAUUCUUGAACAUAAUGGAGAUAAAGAAAAAGAUAUCAGUAAGUCGAUAAAUGGAGUUACAAAUAAGACAGAUCCAGGAAUAUUUCUUAAUAAUGCCACUGCAAAAUGGAGUGAAGCCUCAACUGAAAAUACGUUAACCAACAUAAAUCUGAAGAUAUUUUCCGGCCAACUUCUGGGAGUUAUAGGCCCAGUAGGUAGUGGAAAAAGCUCUCUACUCCACGUUAUUCUUCAAGAGCUCACUUUAAUAGAGGGUACCCUCAGAGUCAGCGGUGAAAUAAGCUACGCUUCCCAAGAACCUUGGCUCUUUGCCGGUACCGUACGUCAGAAUAUACUUUUUGGAUUACCGAUGGACAAACUGAGAUAUAGAACUGUGAUAAAAAAAUGUGCCUUAGAACGUGAUUUUUCUCUGUUGCCUUAUGGAGAUAAGACGAUCGUGGGAGAUAGGGGAGUAUCGCUGAGUGGAGGGCAGCGAGCAAGAAUAAACUUAGCAAGAGCGGUUUAUAAACAAGCAGACAUUUACCUUUUAGAUGAUCCGCUUUCGGCCGUUGAUACGCAUGUUGGAAAAGAAUUGUUCGAACAAUGCAUUACCGGGUACUUGAAAAAUAAAAUAGUUGUGCUGGUAACCCACCAGAUACAGUAUCUUCAAGAAGUUGAUCACAUUUUGUUUUUAGAAGAUGGGAAUCCUAAAACUGGUACUUUUAGAGAACUUCAAGCUAGUGGUCUGGAUUUCACCAAAAUGCUUGGAGAAGUAGUGCAAGAAGAGGAAAAGAAAGAAGAAUCGGAAAUAUCGCGACAGAUGUCCAUCAGAAGUAUCGCUUCGGUGGAAUGUGAAGCUCCGAAAGAAGUUGAAGAACAGAAAGGGAGUGGUUCGAUUGAUUCCUAUGUUUACAAAGCUUACUUCAGCGCUGGUGGCAAUUGCUGUAUUAUAUUAGUGUUGUUUUUCUUAUUCUUUGCUGCGCAACUUUUCGCAAGUGCAGCAGAUUAUUUCAUUACUUAUUGGGUGAAUUUAGAACAGGAAGAUAAUGCCGGAAAGUAUAUUCUAAAUAGCACCUUGGAGAGAACAAACACAACAAUAAUGCCAACAGAAAGUGCAGAAACGGAUUUCUGGCAUUUCUCAAGAAACACGUCCAUCUAUAUAUACUCAGUUAUAAUAAUCCUGUUAGUUGUAACAACAUUGGUCAGGUCAUUCGCUUUCUUUUCCAUAUGCAUGAGAGCAUCCACAAACCUACAUAAUAACAUGUUUGUAAGUAUCACAAGGGCCACAAUGCGAUUCUUCAACACCAACAGUGCCGGUAGGAUCUUGAACAGGUUUUCCAAAGACAUGGGCUCCAUAGAUGAAUUGCUACCAGCCGCUUUGAUAGACUGCUUACAAAUUGGACUGUCACUUCUGGGUAUCAUUAUUGUUGUUGCUGUUGUCAGUCCCUGGUUGAUGAUACCCACUUUCUUGAUUGGUAUCGUGUUUUACUUGCUCAGGAUAUUUUAUUUAAGGACUAGUAGAAAUGUGAAGCGAUUGGAAGGAACAACACGAAGCCCAGUAUUCUCCCACCUCAGUGCAUCACUUCUUGGCCUAACAACUAUAAGGGCAUUUGGAGCAGAGGAAAUUUUGACUCAAGAGUUUGACAGUCAUCAAGAUUUACACAGUUCAGCUUGGUACAGUUUCAUAUCUACCUCAAGAGCUUUUGGAUAUUAUUUAGAUCUGAUCUGUAUCGUCUACAUUACCUUGGUUACAUUCAGUUUCCUUCUCAUCGGAACAGGUGAGUAUCUUCAAGAUUACGCAAAUAGAUCAUGCAUUUUAUAGCUACAAAGGUCACAUUUUGAGCUUUUACGAAAAGUAG